AACGCGAGGAGGGUUAUCGUAAAUUUCUUGCUAUCAGAUGAACAAAAGCGCGUGAAAGUCAUUUACAUAUUUUAAUACCACUAAUCAUGAUUAUUAGAUGUGCUGAAUAAUUUCAAUCAACUUUUAAGUAGGUAUCUCUUUUGAAACAUUUUAGAAAUACCGAAACAAACCAAGUAAAUAAUUAUAAAACUUGAGUUUUUCUUAUAUUCUAUGUGAAUUGUAAUACAAAAACGAAAUCAUACAACAUACUGCCGCGAGUGCCACAUGUCGCACAAAAAAAGUGCGAAUUCGAAUGGGAAAUCAAACGGGAAUUGUUUCCUCGAACACCGCUGAUGUUUAUUUCCACAUGUUAGCUGAAUUGACCUUGUUUUGUGAUCAACACCAUGCGACGUUCAGGCAACUGCGAAACUAUAACACAUUGUUUUUAUUCAUUAUUUAUCUUGAUAAUAAUAGUCAUAAUUUUGAGCAAGCCAAUGAAUUGACUACCUUGAUGGGCCCCAUUUAAAUCACUCUACUUAAUUUAUUCUGUAAGAGGAGAUGAAGGGUGAGAAGUGAUCAUUAUUCGAGGCACGCCGCUAUCAGUAAAGACAAACAAAAUCGUUUAAAAAAUCUAAACUCUGCAAAAAUGAAUUCCAAUUAUUCUACAAUUAUUAGUUUGUUGGCUGGUGGUGCUGCUGGAACAUCUGUAGACGUUCUGCUUUUUCCUCUUGACACCAUGCGGACUCGUUUGCAAAGCCAACGUGGAUUUCAGGCAUCAGGUGGUUUCCGAGGAAUUUACUCUGGGCUUGGCUCUGCUGUUAUUGGAUCUGCUCCCCAAGCAUCUUUGUUUUUUCUCACAUAUGAAUUCACUAAAACAGUCAUCUCAACGACAUUUGAGCCAAAAAUAGCAUCAAUAAGUUACAUGAUAGCUGCAUCUGCAGGAGAAGUGAUGGCUUGUUUGAUCCGAGUACCUGUCGAGGUAGUCAAACAGAGAACUCAGACGUCAUCAAACAUGUCUUCUCUGAAGAUUUUCCAGCAAACCUUACAGGCAGAAGGUAUCAGAGGACUUUAUCGAGGUUAUGGAAGCACUGUUUCCAGAGAAAUUCCAUUCUCUUUCAUCCAAUUUCCACUUUGGGAAUUUUUUAAGAGAUUUUGGAGUGAGAAACAACAAGAGCCUGUGAAACCUUGGCAAUCAUCAGUUUGUGGUGCUCUGGCUGGAGGAAUUGCUGCAGGGACAACCACUCCAUUAGAUGUAGCUAAAACAAGGAUCAUGUUGGCAAAGAAAGACUCAUCUCUUGCUUCUGGGAAGAUUAUCGGUGCUUUGAAACUCAUUUACCGUGAAAAGGGAUUUUUUGGCCUUUAUUCUGGAAUUGUGCCCCGUGUCAUGUGGAUUUCUGCUGGCGGUGCUAUUUUUCUGGGAAUUUAUGAUGAAGUUAAACAUCUACUAUCAUUGGUUUUACAUUAAAAUCAAAGAGAAAUAUUGUUGAAUUUAAUAUUUUUAAAGAAGAGAACAGGUUUUAUAUUUUUUUAAUUUCUUUAUUUUUUAAAAUUUUGUAAACGAAAUAAAGAAAAUUUUGAUUUUUUUUUAAAACAAAUUUAACAAUUUUUAUCAUUAUUUUAUUUUGGCACAGAAGUUGUUGUUUUUUUUUUGUAAGUGGUUAACUCAUUGAUGAUGAGUUCAAUUCCACAAUAAACGUUUUGCAUUUUUUUGUGACACCUGGUUUUACAUCUCGGACCCAUUUCAGAAGUGAUUUUUAUAUCAUGUAGCAUAAUUUAAACAUAUAAAUAUACUUUCCCAAGAAACUAUUUAUGCCAUCCAUGCCUGCAUGGAGAAAAAAAUUUCUAUUAAACUAUUAAAAGCUUCA